AUGGACUUGAAGGGGACAGAAGUAUACUCCCGUCAACAUAGAUCACAAAUAGACACCUACCAAUCCAGCAAUCAUCUAGGAAAGCGCGAACGAGAUGCCCAAGUCUGCCGUGUACUCAACCCUGCUUACUCAACACUAACAGGCAAACCGAGUGCCCUAGCAACAGAUGGAUCAACUUCUCAGUCCGCAGGAUCAACUUCAAGGCUCAGCAGCCAAGUGUUAGGAGCUAGUGGUAGAAAUCAAAUACAGUGUCCUUCGAGACAAGCUCAAGCUCUAGCGGAGCUUCUGGACAAUGCUGUAGAUGAGAUACCACAUGGUGCUACCAAAGUGUUGAUCGAUAGUGUCACCAAUCCGCGUGAUGGAUCUCCAUCAUUGCUCAUGCAAGAUGGGAAAGGAUUCAGGGCUGGCGUAAGCUACCUUGGUGCGAGUACUAUCGUUUUCAGCCGUCACGUGCAUUAUGAAUACGAUCCGGUGACAGGUGAAACCACAGUAUAUGAACGCGAGCCAGGGCAGUUCUCUGUCAAUAUGGCAAUGUUGCUGAGAUUGUCGCCCUACAAUUCAGAUGAAGAGCUGCUACAAAAUUUGUGUUUUGAGAUGCUUAUUCAGUCUUGUGGUUCAACCAUAAUUACAUUACUACAUGCAAUGCAUUUUAACGACAUCGGUCCACAUGGAACAAAAAUCAUUGUGUUCAAGCUGUUAGGCAGCACUGAAGGCCACUUGGAUCUCGACUUCGACACUGACACGAAGGAUAUUAGAAUUAGUGUACCACCAACAAUGCAUCUAGAAAACGAAGCUGCAGGGGAUCAAAGUAAUUUGGCCUAUGCUUCCAUCUUGUAUCUGGGCCUACCAAAGCACUUUAGAAUCAUUCUUCGGGGUGAAGAGGUUAAGCGUCGUAACCUUGUGACUGAGCUCAAGCAGAGUCAAUGCAUUAAAUACAGGCGUAGCAUGGCAGAAAGGGACGAUGAAGUGGUGCUAGGAUUCUUAGAUGGCGUAGCAGAUGCAGAUCGAUUCUGUUUCUACUAUAAACAGCGCCUUAUCCUGCCCUUCAUUCCACCCUAUAGAUUCUCAAACAAAGACCGGAGCAUCGUGGGAGUUCUGCAGGUCAAUUACCUGAAGCCAGCGAGGAACAAGCAGGAUUUUCAGUGGUCGCCGGAGCUUAAAGCGCUGCUGAAGAUCCUAAAAAAUUUGACAACAGAAUUCUGGAAACACCUGAAAGGAAAGGAGCUUAAAGAUGCUGCAUCCUGGCUAAGCUUGGCGCCUCCAGUCUCUCAUGAUGAAGCAAAUUUGAAGGGGAGCAACAUCACUUGGAUGCACUCCCAGAUCACCCCAUCUAUCCCGGCUCAUAGUGUGGGGCUGAUUUUUGAGUCAAGCUUUCUGUGGUAUGCCAGUUCCAAGAGCUCCAACACCAUGCCUUCCAUUAUUCCCCAUGGCAUCAACCAGAGAUAA